UAAAUAUCGGUUUCGGAGUCAUCUUAUCUUGUGAAUUUGGAAAAAUGAAAACAAACGAAAUACGCGUAGAAAGUAAAUCUCUUUGCUCAGUUGAUGAAAGAGUGAAAACUUUCAAAAACUGGCCUUUUAAUGAUAAAAACACAUGCAACGUCCGAAACAUGGCGGAAGCUGGAUUUUAUUCGGUUGCUACGGGAGACGACGAUGCUGAUGCCGCCAAGUGUUUUCUGUGCGGCAAGGAGCUGGAUGGUUGGGAGCCCAACGAUGAUCCUUGGUCGGAGCACAAAAGUCACGCACCAAAGUGCGCUUUUGCACAGCUUGGAAAGAAAGAGGACGAACUUUUGUGUUCGGAGUUCCUGUCAGUGGUUAAACAGUACAUGAUCAACGAGCUGAGCCAACAAGCGGAAGCUGUCAAGUCGCAACUUGAUAAUAAAGCCAAAACAGUACGGAGAACUUGCUUGAAGCUUUAAUCCAGUCACCUAUUAGCCAACUCCCCCAGAGCGGACAUAUGUGACUGAAGUUAACAUACAACCUUAGAAGAUUCAAGAUUCUAAAUACACAAAAAAUAUCAACUAAGAUUUUUAUGGCAAGAAUUAGGAAUUCUCUGGGAUUUUGUAUAGAAAACCAGCACCGAGGGCACAGCCUACUCUCAACAUGUUAAAAUUAUUUCUACAAUAGUUUGUCAAUUAAUUUUAUUUAAGGAGUAUAAGUUGAGCAUAUGGGUUUUAAAAAGUAGAAAUCUGUAUACAAACAAAACAUAAUUGUAUUUUAAAUACCUAUAAAAUGAAUAUACUGUAAUUUUAUAAUAGUAAUAGUAGGAGAUCCCCCAUAUAGCAGACCUUCACCAAUCUGUCUGACGGAUGAAACUAUGAAAAUAUGAAAGAAAAUAUGUUCCAGAACAUAAAUAAAUAGGGUUGCCUAAAUAAAUACGGUCAAGGCUAUUUUUAAUAAAUUUAUGAAAAAAAUUUUUUUUCGCCAUUUUCACCGAUUUGUCUGACGAUCGAAAUGAGUUUCAAUGGAAAGUAUACAACUUGUACAACAUAAAUCAUCUAGGUUGCCUAUCUUUUUCCGGUCACUAUUAUGUGGUUGUCGUGUUUAAAGAGGUGAUUUUAUAUCGAUAAUUGCACUCAUCUGUCUGACGCUUGAAUUAUACAUCAAAAUGAUGGUAAUUUUAUUGCAAAUACAAUGGUAUAGGGUUGCCUGCGAAAAUCCGGUCACAAAUGAGGGUUGCCAGGCUUUUAAUUAAAAUAAGAAGGGAAGACUUUUAGCAAUAACUCAUAAACGGCUAAACUGAUCAAGUUUGUUUUAAUUUUAUUUGAUUCAGUUUUUUAAGCACUAUUUUCAUGAUUUUUUUCAUAUUUUUUGGACAGAUGUUUCAAAAGUUGGAAGGAUAAACC